CUUCUGUGUAUUUCUGUAUUCUUUGGUCAAGUGAUAAAAACAAGGUUUUUACAGAUUAUUAUAAUGUCUGAAGAACAAGAACAGACUUUAGAAGCUCUGAGAAAAUUAUCAAAAAACGAUAAAUAUACUAUUCUACUUCCUACAUACAAUGAAGUUGAAAAUUUACCAAUUAUAGUAUGGCUAAUAAUAAAAUAUAUGAACGAGAGUAAGUUUACAUAUGAAAUUAUUAUAAUUGACGAUGGUUCACCCGAUGGUACUUUAGAUUUAGCAAAAAAGUUACAAAAAUUAUAUGGGGAUGAUAAAAUUAUUUUGAAACCAAGAGAGAAAAAACUUGGAUUAGGAACGGCAUAUAUGCAUGGAAUCAAAUAUGCCACAGGAAACUUUAUUAUUUUAAUGGAUGCAGAUCUGUCUCAUCAUCCCAAGUAUAUUCCAAAAAUGAUAGAACUUCAAAAAUAUCAAAAUUUGGAUAUCGUUAGCGGAACUAGAUAUGCUGGUGGUGGUGGUGUUCACGGUUGGGAUUUUAAAAGAAAAUUGAUAAGCAGAGGUGCUAAUUUUCUAACUCAAUUUUUACUGAGACCUGGUGCGAGUGAUCUUACAGGGAGCUUUAGGCUAUAUAAAAAAGAUGUAUUGGAACAACUCAUCAAAUCGUGUGUAUCUAAAGGAUACGUAUUUCAAAUGGAGAUGAUAAUAAGAGCACGACAAUUUAAUUAUACCAUAGGUGAAGUUCCAAUUGCAUUUAUUGAUCGAGUGUAUGGUGAAUCUAAAUUGGGUGGUUCUGAAAUUGUUCAAUUUGUAAAAGGUCUUUUAUAUUUAUUUGCUACCACAUAGUGAACUUUUCAAUUCAAAUGAAAAAAUAUAUUGACAUUCCUUUGAAUUUUAUAUAUUAAGAUAAUAGGAUAAUAAAAUAUAUGUAUA